UCCGGGUCAGGCGAUUUUUUUUUUUUACCCCUUUUGCUUCAUCGAGCUAAUGGGUGUUAGCCUCCUUGCAGUUAACGUCAUUAGUUAAUAAUAAAAAAAACUCGCUUUGAAGGACAACUUGAUUACAGCCUUUUAAGGUUGUUUAAUGUCUUUGUGGCCAUGAUGCUUGGACAUUAGAUGACAUUCAAAAUGAGGAAUGUGGAUGGAUAACUUGCUGAAAGAUAACUGCAAUUACUCGUCAUCUCUCACUAAAAUCCUGAAGUGGUACAGCUGUUUCUCCACAUAAUGUCAUUACCAAAGGAGUCUGGAAACAGAGGGAAGGAUCGAGAAAGGGGGGCCCGUCCCAAGGUGAGACAAAGCCGUUCAGAGGAGAGACGGGAUACAGCUGGUGGUCGGAAGGGUGGAAAGGGGAAGAAGAAAGGCCUGUCCUCCCAUGAAAUGUUAGCUGAACGGCCUGUCAGUGAUGGGUUUGAAUACGGUGAACUGUUAAAUGAAUUGGAGGCUGGUAACCAAGCUUCCUUCUCCCCUCAAAAGGAGGUCUGGAGAUGGCAAAGCUUGGAUGCAGCAGCACCUUUACCAGGGCAAGAUGGAGUUAUAGCCAGGCCAGGUCUAGGAACAGUUAGCUCUGCCACAGAUUUACCUGCUCUAAGUGAAGCAGAUGGCAGAGGGUCAUCCAGCAGUCGCACUCUCAGGCAGAAAAUCCAAGAUGCAAUGGGGCAGUGUUUUCCAAUAAAGACGCACAGUGCAGCAGCACCAGUUCCACCCCCACAGGCUUUUUCAUCGUCAGCUGCCUGCACUUCCUCCAGGCGGAAGAUUCAUCUGAGUGAGCUGAUGUUAGAUGACUGCCCUUUUCCUGUAGGAUCAGAACUGGCUCAGAAAUGGUAUCUCAUUAAACAACACACAGCCCCUAUUAGCCAGCCUCCCUUGCUAGAGUCUCCAGUAGUGUGCAACGCCCCAACUUCAACCAUGGCUGCAGUGGUGGAGGAUGUGGAUGACAGGUUACGAGAGCGCAGGCGCAUCAGCAUCGAACAAGGUGUUGAACCACCACCAAAUGCAGAGAUCCACACAUUUGAGGUGACAGCCCAAAUUAACCUUCUCUACAAGCACGGCCCUAAGCUGGCUCAUGGUAUGAAUGAGUUAACUGGGACAGACAGUGCCUCUACUCAACAGCAGCAGUUUCUUCUCCAAACACAACAGCAGCACCAGCUCCUAUUACAGAGCUGUUUGGAUACUCUUGAUGAGGUUGUGGCCUCAGCAUCAGCCUCUGUCCACACCUCCGACACAGCCUCUGACCCUCUGGUCGACGCAGAGGUAACAGGGACCAGUCUGACCUCUAGAGCCAUUCUUCCUCAGACUGAGCAACAGAAAUUUCAUGAUGGCUACCGUAUUCACACUCAGAUUGAUUACAUUCACUGUUUAGUCCCAGACCUGCUGCAGAUCACUAACCUCCCAUGUUACUGGGGAGUCAUGGACCGCUACGAGGCAGAAACGUUGCUGGAGGGAAAGCCUGAGGGCACCUUCCUCCUGCGUGACUCUGCCCAGGAAGACUACCUCUUCUCUGUUAGCUUCCGCCGCUACGGCCGCUCGCUACAUGCACGCAUCGAACAGUGGAACCACAAUUUCAGCUUUGACGUUCAUGACCCUAGUGUCUUCCACGCUCCCACAGUUACAGGACUGUUGGAGCACUACAAGGACCCCAACUCUUGCAUGUUCUUUGAGCCCCUUCUGUCCAACCCCCUCCACCGCAUACAGCCUUUUAGCUUGCAGUGCAUCUGCAGAGCGGUCAUAAGCAGCUGCACCACCUAUGAUGGUAUAAACAUGCUUCCCAUUCCAAAUGCUUUGAAAAAACACUUGAAAGAAUACCACUAUAAGCAGAGAGUGCGUGUACGGCGGAUGGAUACGUGGUGGGAAUGAGGAGCAGACGGACUAAAAGACAUAACCAAACAUACUUUUUAGUCUCCCUCAUAUGAAUUUGAUAAGCCUGUUCUUCACUCUUUUAAUCUGUAUCAACCUACACAACACUGUCCUUAUUUAUUUUAAUCCUGCUGUAUGUCUUAACAUUUGUACUAAAUCAGACUGAUGAGUCAAUAUGUAAUCUCACUGAUCUUGCACACUCCGUUUGCUCAAAUUAAACAGUUUUAAGAUC